AUGUCGGAGGAAGGAGCAGCAGAGAAGAAGUUGACUGUCGAUAACGGACCGGAAGUCCUCGACCGAGUGCCAGAGCAUUACUUGAAAAAGCGAAAACGAUACAAUGCAGUGCAGCGAAAGCAGAACGAGAUCAACAGAACGACACGAACGAAACGGGCUGCGCCGACGAUCGAAUUCAAACGGGCUGAACAUUUCCUCCGUGCUUCCAAGCUCGGCAAGCGUGACGAGGUACGAGUCAAGCGGCAAAUGAUGAAGCUCGUCAGAAAUAUCGGAACGAAAAGCAGUGGUUACAAGAAGGACGUCAAACUCGUCCUCGUCGUCAGAAUCAGAACAGCAGAUGGAAUUGGAAAGAUGGCCAUUCGAGCCAUGCGAGAGCUCAGAGUUAUGGAGAAGUAUCAUGCAGCAUUUGUCAAGUACACAGAGAAGACUCAUCGUCUCUUGCGAGUUGCAGAGCCGUACAUCACGUGGGGCGUUCCAGAUGUCACGACAAUUCGAGACCUUUUAACGAAGCGAGGCUUCGCUAAUGUGAACGGAGAAAGAAUGAUCCUGAAUUCCAACGCCGCCGUCGAAAACGCGCUCGGCCACAUUGACAUGUUGGCGAUCGAAGAUUUGAUUAAAGAGAUCAUCUCGGUCGGCGAGAACUUCGACACCGUCAACAAGUUCUUGGCCCCCUUUGCCUUGAGUGCACCCCCUGGCGGCGCCAAAAAGAGCCACAUUGCCACGGCCAAGGGCGGCCAAAACGGCGACCGAGGGGAGGAAAUCUGCGCUUUUGUCCGAUCAAUGGCCUAA